CAACCGCAACAAAAUGGCGGACUCGACGAGCAAGGCAGAGAAAGAUCUGGCUACUUUGAAGUCUACAGUCACGACUAUAUCUACGCUUAUAACGCAGCUACAAACCACCGCAUCUUCGACAGACGCGAAAGGCGUCGAGAAAGACAGCAAUGUCAACGCCCUGGAUCUCGCCCACGACACAGCAAGUCUGAUCAAAGCGCACUCGACGAAGCUCUCGCUUCUCAUAAUCAACAAGCCCUUCACUGCAACGGCGAUCACCACGGUUCUGCGCGAACUCAUCUCCGGACCUCUGCCCGGCCUCGCGUCUUCGAUCGAGAUUUGCAAUGCCGUGAAAUACACCAAGGCUAUGAGCGAGGAGCUACAGUGGCGCGCAAAGAAGCUAUUUACGGAACUCGGGGCCUUGAUAACGGCCAUCCCGCUCGAUGGGAAGGUCCUGAACGAGGAGCAGAAGAACGGGUCUCUUGCAGAAGGGAAAGGCAGUUUAGCGGCCACGGGCACAGUAUGGGAAGCAUGUGACAAAAUCAUGGAACUAAAAACGAUGGGGGUGGGCGGAUUAUGCAUCAAGAAAGCAGAGGAGUACCGCGAUCUCGUCAAAGAUGCUCUAGAGGAGUUACAAGAGUGGGGCGAAGAAGAAAGCAGCGAUAAUGAGGACGAGGAUGAUGAGGCGGCGGGGAGUGCAGAUGAAGAAGGGGCUGGCAUCUCGGCUCAGGAUGCCGUGGAUGAGAUGUUUGCUUCUCAACACCAUAUCCCCUCGGCCGAUCCUGAGAAGAUCCGACCCCGUCUCGAAUCCUCACUCAAGAGAAUCCGCCUCGUUGCCCUGAUGUACGCCGCGGUCAUCAAGCGGCGCUUCAAAACCCUGCCCUACCUCCCCCACCCCUCCUUACCUCCAGAGCUCAAGGCCAAAUCCGAUGAAGACCCCGGAAUCGUCUCAUGUCUCGACGAGGUCCUGGAUCUGUUGAAGAAGAUCCCCGAUAUCACUGACGAGCUGGCGAAUGCCUUUUAUGAGCUGGACUCGCAGGAGAUCGAUAAGAGGAUGAGCGAAUGUUUCUUCACGGCCUUUUCUGCGGUUCAAUUGCUGAUUACGAAUUGGGAGGGUCAGAAGGAUGAGUUUAGUACAUGGGCGUAUAAAUUCCAGAUUGCUAUGAAUAAGGGCUGGUGAUGUGAUGAUUGUGGUAGAGAGAGAGAGAGAGAUUUCCGAUUUCCAGAAACUAUCUCUCCAAUUUCAGGAGGGGAGAAGAGGACGUUCCUUCAGCGGCCCACCACAGAUCUCGCUUAGCAUGGCUAAACCCCCCCUUUUCUCUCGCGUACCCAUUUACUCUGGGCUGGAGUUCUGAUGGAAACGCCACAUGUGAGCGGAUCAAUUUGCGUAUACCAGAGAUUAGACUGGAGUUGAUUCUAUGUCAGGACGAGAGGAUUUCCUAUACCCUAGUAGAUCAUUAGUCACGUUUACGCGUUUAACGACCUGAGCUCGCGGAUGGCUCGCACAAAAUGAUCACACAUUGCC